AUGCAACGACGGAGUGAAAGACUGGCCAUCCUCCAAAAGCUGAAACCCAUUUCGUACCGGGAAACAGGAGUGAAAAGGGUUUUCAAAAAAAUUCGCAGGAAGCGUCGUUCUGUUGUUCUACAAGAAGAGCCAGAGAAGAAAACAUGGCAGGAGGCCUGGAGCCAGAGUAGUUGGGUCACAAAAAGCUGCAGAUCUGAAGACCCGUCACAGCCUUGCUGUAGUAAAGACCUGUUGGAUCAGAGUUCUUUUAUUAUCCAGCAUUGUUUUGAAACUCCCCGCUUGGUGGAACCUAUUGCUAACAUCACAGUGUACCAGGUUCAGCAGCCACUUAUUCUAGAGAAACAUUGGAGGCCUUUCGUGAAGGUGUUGGCUUGUAUAACACUAAUAUUCAUAGUGGGCAUCUUUUGGGGUUUUAUGUCUGGCCUAUGCACUUCCUCUGAUAUUUUCAAGCAGAUCAUGAAGAUGCAAUUAAGUCACCAGAAUGAGGCCCUUCAGCAGCAUCUCCAGAAACAGAUUGGAUCUUUCCGUCAAAAAGUUGCAGGACUCCAGACUCUCGUAGAUGCCCUUGAAAAUAUCCAUGGACAUUGGGAGACCCAGAAGCAUGCAUUUGAGCAAGGGAGCAGCAUGCAAAAUGAAAGCAGCCAUUUUUGGAAAAAAGACUACGCACUGAGCUCUGAAGGUGCCCAUGUUGUGAAAUUCAGCAACAGCUUUAACACAAGAGCACAAGUCUGUAUGUUGGGGUUCUGCUGGGAUUAUAUGCGAUCACCAAAUAUGAUUUUAGAGCGGGAUAAUAGCCCUGGGAAUUGUUGGGCCAUGAAGGGAUCUCAAGGUUAUGUAGUCAUCAAAUUGUCUCAAGCAGUCCGUCCAACUUCAGUAGCUCUGGACCAUAUUUCAAAGACAGUUUCUCAUACAGAAGAGAUAACUAGUGCACCAAAGAAUUUUUCUGUCUAUGGAUUCAAAAAUGAUUUUGAGAAGGAAGAAGGACAAUUUUUGGGAUCAUUUGUCUACAGAGUGGAUAGAUUUCCUUUGCAAACAUUUAAAUUAGAGGGAGCACCUUUAGAUAAAUUUAAAUAUAUGCUCUUGAAGAUCUUGACUAAUUGGCAUCAUCCAAACUAUACAUGUAUCUAUGGAUUUCGAGUAUAUGGAGAAUAA